AUUAGUCACAUGACCUAGUUAUAAUUAGAGCACUGCAAACAUGGCGACUGCAAUGUAUUUGGAGCACUAUCUGGACAGUCUAGAGACAUUGCCAACAGAGUUGCAAAGAAAUUUUAACCUGAUGAGAGAUCUGGAUCAACGUACACAGGACCUCCUUAAGGACAUAGACCAUCUCUCUGAGGACUAUUUAAAGAAUGUCAGAGGAAUGUCUCCAGAGAAACGAACCCAAAAACUCUCAACAAUAGAAAACAAAUUCUCCAAGAGCAGAGAGUACGGGGACGACAAAGUACAGUUAGCAAUGCAGACAUAUGAAAUGGUUGAUAAACAUAUACGAAAGUUAGAUGCUGACUUGGCAAGGUUUGAGGCAGAUUUGAAAGACAAGACAUCAGCCUCCAAGCUCAAAUCUGAUUCAGACUCGGGCAAGAAGAACAAAGAUAAAGACAAAAAGAAAAGGAAGAAAGAAGAAUUUGAUGAUGAGAUUCCCAAGAAGAAAAAGAAGAAAGGCCAGCAGAGCCCUCCAGAAGAGGUUGUGUCGUCCAUACCGAUCUUGUCGACAUUAUCGAUCACCCACCCCUCAGAUGUCCUUGACAUGCCUGUUGACCCCAAUGAGCCGACCUACUGUCUCUGUCACCAGGUUUCAUAUGGCGAGAUGAUUGGCUGUGAUAAUCCAGACUGUCCCAUUGAGUGGUUCCACUUCGCGUGUGUGGGGCUGACCAUGAAACCUAAAGGAAAAUGGUUUUGUCCACGGUGUACAGAAGAGAGAAAGAAAAAAUGAGCCAAUUUGACAAGAUCCCAUCCAUACAGAAGUGAACAAUGACAAAGUGUGUCUUGUGUCAACACAGAGCCAAGGUUAACUUCUGCAGAAAACAGUCUGAAAGAUGUGCAUGUAUGACCAAAUAUAAUUUAAUAACUUAUUUUAUUUAUUUUGUGUCAGCACUUGAUCAAAGAUCAACAUUUUUAUUAUAAAGAUUGGAUAGUAGUAGGAAUUGUUUUGAACAAAGCUUUUCUUGAGAUCUGAUAAAUUUACUGCUUUUAAAAAUUUUUAAUUAGAGACUGCUUUGUAUAAUAAUAUCCAACAUUGUGAAAAAAUUAGUGCCAAUAAUACUGCAUGCUAAAAUGGUCCAAGAUUUUAAUGUAAUUGAUAUGAAUCUUAUGCAGGGAGGAUGAAAUCAUUGUACGAUUCAAUUUCUUUUUUUUAAUUGUUAUUGUAAAUUCUUCACAUGUUUGGAUCUAGGAGGUACCGAUGAAUGAUUUCUCCAAAAUAAUGACUUUUGUCCAAGAUUCAUGUAUAUGUUACAAAGUUAAAAGCUUUCUAAAUGUGCUAAUAUAAUAUCUGCAUAAAAAUUGAUGGAUAUUUUAUAAGCCAGUACUGAUAAAACUUACUGUUUGUCCAUUUUAGUAUGACUGUUAAGCUGCAUCAGUGAAGAUUGUUUUAUGAAUCAUUAGGCCUAAAAAAAAAUAUGUUUGUUUCCUGUAACCCGACCGACCCAUUCAAAUUAUCCCCGGGUGGAUUUUUUUUUUUCUGACAAAUGGCAAAACUUCGUUUGAUCAAUCAGCUGAUUCCAUUUAUUAAAUUUAAA